UAUAUACGUUAUAUAUAGAGAGAGAUAUAGAUAGAUAUAAAAAUUGCUCAAACAUUUCUUGAAUCUAUAGUAAUAUAAAGUGUGUUAAUUGACCUUGUGCUCGAAUUGUUGUGUGUGAUUAACUAACAAUGCCUUUAGUUGUGGGACAUAGCCAGACAAAGUUCUUGUCUGAUUAUUUGUGUAAGGGCUCGUACUCAGUGUUCUCGUAUUAUGGAUAUAAAACGCUCCAGUUUGUUUGCGAGAAAGACGUUUUUGAAGUUGCGCCUUUCUUUUCGGAUGUUGUGUUCGUUGUCGGUGCAAACGACAUCGGCACAAAGACCCCGGAUCGAGUUUUCGAUGACAUCGUGGCACUCUGUGAAGAGGUACACAAUGCUACACCAGGCGCGACUAUUCUUAUUUCCAAACUACUUCCUAGGACACGGAACCGAUUCAACGGAAACGGUUACCGACAAGACUUCUUAGACCACUGGAACUUCGAUGCUGGCGUUCUCAACAAACUGUAAAGCGAGUUUGCCCGCGCGGUGCCGUGGGUUCGUGUCAUUGAACAUCCCGAAUUCCAAACCACAUUCGGAGACAACGUCAAUCUCCUCUGCAAAGAUGGUCUGCAUCUGACUAUUGACGGUACGCACACGUUUGCCAGCAACAUAGAGACAGCCGUCAUGUCUCUUACGAGACCGACUUGCCCCGGGCCUGAUCCAGCUACUCAGUCAUCACAUCCAACACCGACAUCAGACUAUGGACCCGUAACAUAUAGUUCGAUAGUCCGUAAAACCCAAAACAUAGUAUGUGAACCGCCGCGUGAUUCUGGUACCAUUACGGCGACGUUGACUGAGAAGAAGCGCAAGCGUCAACGGAAGUAUCAGGAUCCCAUCAGAACCGUAUAAAUUGGAAAAUUUGGCUAUUCCAAGAAGAACUACAUUAAAUUACAACCAACGACUGAUAGUGUUACCUGUACAAAUUAAAAAUGACGAGACAGUGACAGAGACGACCAAACCUCCAUGCAAAAUACCUUCGAACAUUUACGAACUUUUGGAAAUAGAAGAGAGUGACUUUUCUGACUGCGAAGACGAAACCCCCGACAUGACAUGUGGCAGUCAAUCUAUACACGAGGACGCAAAACGAAACAUAAACAUGGCAACAACUUUCUUCAAUGUGGCGGCGGUACUUCGGAAGUGUACAAAAACCUAUCAAAUGGCAUUAAAACCAAGGACACAAUCGACAUAUUAAACAACGCCAUGAGCGGCGAAGUUGGCGAAAAAGUUUCAACAGAGGUAUAAAGAAACCAUUGACACAUGGCAAAGGCAUUCACAGGCAAAGGCAAGACCUCAAUCGGUCAGAACAGACCUGGCAGUCAGGGAGCUCCCCCAUCCAAAAAGGCCAAAGUGGAGGAUGAAGAUGAAAUGGAUUUUGAGGCGGAGCUAGCAAUGAUGGAUGACAUCGACAUGGGUGGGGUAGAGGUGGUGGGGGCAGGGCCAGACGAUGUAAUGACCAGCGCCAAGUGGGCCCGUCCGCCGGUGGGUCCCAUAGACCCUGCCAAGGACACCAUCACAUUCCAGCAAAUAGAUCUGGACCAUUACAUAGGUCGCCACAUCCCUGGCAUGCCUGGUGCCUACAAGAAGGGUCCAGUGCCUGUAAUCCGGAUGUUUGGGGUCACUAUGGAGGGUCACAGUGUGGCUGCACAUAUCUAUGGAUUUCUGCCUUACUUCUUUGUGCCGGCCUAUCCCAACUUCAGCAGUGAGCAUGCUCAGUCAUUUCUGAAUGCCCUGAACUCGGCCAUGAUGAGUGACAUGCGGUCCAACAGGGAGGGCAUUGAGCAGGCUGUUCUUGCUGUUGACCUUGUCAAUAAAGAAAGCAUAUAUGGUUACCACGGCAACAAAAAGGUGCCCUUCAUCAAGAUCACUGUUGCCCUGCCCCGUUUAAUUGCUGCAGCCAAGCGCCUACUAGAGCAGGGCUUCAAUUGCCCAGGAUAUGGCCAGUAUGCAUUACAAGGAUAUGAGACAAACAUAGACUUUGAGAUAAGAUUCAUGGUGGACAGUAACGUUGUGGGCUGCAACUGGAUAGAACUUCCCGCUGGCAAGUACCACCUCCGUGAAAAGGAGAAUUCCUCGGUGGGAGAUGCCAGUCGCCAGCCCCUAAAGUCCCGUUGUCAGAUUGAGGUGGACAUCUCAUGGGAGAGCUUGGUGUCACAUUCCCCAGAGGGGGAGUGGUCCAAAGUAGCUCCUUUUAGAAUUCUCAGUUUUGACAUUGAGUGUGCGGGAAGGAAAGGUGUGUUUCCUGAGCCAGACAAAGACCCUGUAAUACAGAUCGCCAACAUGGUUGUGAGGCAGGGGGAGCACUCUCCAUUCAUUCGUAACGUGUUUACACUCAACACCUGCGCCCCCGUCAUCGGCUCACAUGUCAUGUCCUUUAUGACUGAGAAGGAGCUGCUUUCUAAAUGGGCGAUGUUUGUGCGGGAGGUAGAUGCAGACAUAAUCACUGGGUACAACAUCCAGAACUUUGACCUCCCAUACCUGAUCAACCGCGCACACCACCUGAAGGUGGAGAACUUCACGUUCCUGGGCCGCAUCAAGGACGUCAAGUCAGUCAUCAAGGAGUCCACCAUACAGAGCAAGCAGAUGGGCAAGCGCGAGAAUAAGGUGAUCAACAUAGAGGGCCGAGUUCAGCUGGAUCUGCUACAGAUCCUGUUCAGAGACUACAAGCUGCGCUCGUACUCCCUCAACGCCGUCUCAUACCACUUCUUGCAGGAACAGAAAGAGGACGUGCACCAUUCCAUCAUCAGCGACCUACAGAAUGGUAAUGAGCAGACCCGUCGCCGUUUGGCCGUGUACUGCCUGAAAGACGCCAUUCUGCCUCUGCGUCUGCUGGACAAGCUGAUGUGUGUGAUCAACUACAUGGAAAUGGCCAGGGUCACCGGUGUUCCCUUGACCUACUUACUGUCCAGGGGUCAGCAGAUCAAGGUCAUCUCACAGCUACUCAGAAAGGCAAAGGAGCAGAACCUGUUGAUCCCUGCCCAGAAGAUUGACCCUGGGGAGGAGUAUGAGGGUGCCACUGUGAUUGAGCCCAACAAGGGCUACUACAACAUGCCCAUCGCUACCCUUGACUUCUCCUCCCUAUACCCGUCCAUCAUGAUGGCUCACAACCUUUGCUACACCACCCUGCUCAACCAGAACACUAUCGCCAAGGAGGGUCUCACCCAGGACCAGUAUAUCAAAACACCCUCAGGGAAUCUCUUCAUAAAGGCCAACAUGAGGAAAGGACUUCUGCCCGAGAUUCUGGAACAUCUGUUAUCGGCCAGAAAGAAGGCGAAAGCUGAUUUGAAAAUGGAGACAGAUCCUUUUAAGCAGAAGGUGUUGGAUGGCAGGCAGCUUGCUUUGAAGAUCAGUGCCAAUUCUGUAUAUGGUUUUACUGGGGCUCAGGUGGGAAAGUUGCCAUGUCUGGAAAUAUCACAGAGUGUAACAGCAUUUGGACGUAUGAUGAUUGAGCAGACAAAGAAUUACGUGGAGGAGACAUACACAAUCGAGAAUGGAUACAAACAUAAUGCUAAGGUGAUCUACGGAGACACAGACUCUGUGAUGUGCAAGUUUGGUGUGGAGACUGUACAGGAAGCCAUGAAGCUGGGCAGGGAGGCGGCUGACUACAUCUCCACCAAGUUUGUGGAGCCAAUCAAGCUAGAGUUUGAAAAGGUGUACUUCCCUUACUUGCUGAUCAACAAGAAGCGGUAUGCAGGCCUGUACUGGACCAACCCGGUCAAGUAUGACAAGAUGGACUGUAAGGGCCUGGAGACGGUAAGGAGAGACAACUGCCCCCUGGUGGCCAACCUCAUCAACCAGUGUCUACAGCUCAUACUCAUUGACAGAAACCCUGAGGGCGGAGUGGAGCAUGCAAAGCAGACAAUAUCGGACCUACUGUGUAACCGCAUCGACAUCUCCAAUCUUGUGAUCACCAAGGAGCUCACUAAGACAGACGAAGAGUAUUCCGCCAAACAGGCUCACGUGGAACUAGCUAACAGGAUGAAGAAGCGAGACCCAGGUAGUGCCCCCCAGCUGGGAGAUCGCGUUCCCUACGUGAUCAUCGCUGCUGCCAAGAAAACAGCUGCAUAUCUGAAGUCUGAGGAUCCGAUCUACGUGCUGGAGAACAACAUAGCCAUAGACACACAAUACUACCUGGAGAACCAGCUCUCCAAGCCCCUACUCAGGAUAUUUGAACCCAUCCUUGGGGAGAAACGGGCAGAGUCUGAGCUUCUCAAGGGUGAACAUACACGUACAAAGACGAUGAUGACGUCCAAGGUCGGGGGGCUGAUGGCCUUUGCCACAAAGAAGAGCUCCUGUAUCGGCUGCAAAGUGCCCCUUGAUAACGAUGCUGCUGUGUGCAAGCACUGUAAAAGCCGCGAAUCUGAGAUUUAUCAGAAGGAGAUCUCCACGAUCAAUGCCUUGGAGGAGAAGUUUUCCCGCCUGUGGACCCAGUGUCAGCGCUGUCAGGGCAGUCUACACGAGGAUGUACUCUGUACCAGCCGUGACUGCCCGAUAUUCUACAUGCGCAAGAAAGUUCAGAAGGAUUUGGAAGACCAAGACAAACUUGUGAAAAGAUUCGAUGAGAACGAGUGGUAAUGUUCUGCUAUUGGGAAAAUGGAGGAGUGGAAUUGAAACAAAUGAACCCUCAGUGCUGAAUGCAUCUCAUCAAGAUCUCAAGUUAUGUUGAAAUUGCAGUAUAAAAAAAAGAAGACUUCGAUAAUCAGGAUAUUUCUUACGCAUCAGUCUUGGAAAAUACACCAAGGAAUUAAAUUAUAGAAUCACUAAAAUUUAAUAAUCACAAAUGUUUUUUACUAGCAAUUGUAUAUAUAAUUGUUCCAAAAUUGUAUUUUACUGUAACAAUGUGAUUUAAUGUUUAAUAAGGCUAGUCCAAAAUGGUUCACCUGUUCAUGGUAUACUAGUGGUAAGACAACAUUAUGUGAUUCUCAGGUUUUUCAUAUUUCAUAUCUGGAUUGUGUAUUGUAGUUAGAUGAGAUUCAUUGGCUGUGCACAGUAAAGAACCAUGAACUUAUUGCAUUGUUUAAUGGUUAAUUUUAUAAAAUCAUACGAAAUAAAGUGCUUGUAGUACAGUAAGGACCAAUCAUUGUAGAUAACUGGUAAUAUCAUGUCACUGUUUAUAAUCAUACCCUCAUUACUGGUAAUGGUGGCUUUAUAGGAGUCACUUUGUCGGUCUGUCUGUCUGUCACGAAAAUUUCAUCCGAUCUUCACCAAACUUGGUCAGAAGUUGUAUCUAGAUGAUGUCUUGGUCAAGUUUUAAUAUGGCUCAUGCCGUGUCAAAAACUAGGUCACGGGGUCACUUAGUGCGUUUUAACUAUGUUAUUCAUCGUUAGAUUUCAAAAUGACUUGGUACAUUUGUUUACCAUCAUGGGACGGUGUGUCGCGUGAAAGAAGUACGUCAAUACCUCAAAGGUCACACUUUGAGUUCAAAGGUAAAAUGCUUGUCCGGGACAUAACUUUGUCGUUUAUUGUGAGAUUUUAAAAUCAUUUGGCACAUGUGUUCACCAUUAUUGGACAGUGUCGCACGAAAGAAUUACGUUGAUAUCUCCAAGGUCAAGGUCACAAUUUGAGUUCAAAGGUCAAAAAUGGCCAUACAUGAGCUUGUCCAGGCCAUAACUAUGUUGUUCAUUGUGAGAUUUUAAAAUUAUUUGGCACAUUUGUUCACCAUGAUUGGACGGUGUGUCGGCAAAAGAAUUACGUCGAUAUCUCAAAGGUCAAGGUCACACUUUGAGUUAAAAGGUCAAAAAUGGCCAUAAUCGAGCUUGUCCAGGCCAUAACUAUGUUGUUAAUUGAUAGAUUUUAAAAUCAUUUUGCACAUUUGUUCACCAUCAUUGGAUUGUGUGUCACGCAAAAGAAUUAUGUCGAUAUCUCCAAGGUCAAGGUCACACUUUGAGUUCAAAGGUCAAAAAUGGCCAUAAAUGAGCUUGUCUGGGCCAUAACUAUGUCGUUUAUUGUGAGAUUUUAAAAUCAUUUGGCACAUUUGUUCACCAUCGUGGACGGUGUGUCGUGCGAAACAAUUAUGUUGAUAUCUCCAAGGUCAAGGUCACACUUUGAGUUCAAAGGUCAAAACUGGCUAUAAAUGAGCUUGUCCGGGCCAUAACUAUGUUGUUCAUUGUAAGAUUUUAAAAUCAUUCAUUCACCAUCAUUGGACGGUGUGUCACACGAAAGAAUUAUGUUGAUAUCUCCAAGGUCAAGGUCACACUUAGAGUUCAAAGGUAAAAAAUGGCUAUAAAAAAUCUUGUCCGGGCCAUAACUAUUUCAUUCAUUGUGAGAUUUUAAAAUGACUGGUCAUUAGAUGGCGUGUCAUGCAAAAGAAUUCAAGAGUUUGAAGGUCAAAUUGGCCAUAAAUGAUGAUGGCAUAAUAAGUCUUAAAAAUCGCCAUAAAUUAGCUUCUCUUGUUUUGUGAAGACAGAAUGCAAAAUAGUCUGUGUCAAUGCAGCAUGUGGGGGUAUACGUCACGUAUGUGACAAAGAUUAGUUAAUUGUUUGGUUUAAGUGAAAAUCAUAGGCAUGAGCGUUUCCUUGGGGAAACUGAGUUUAAAGCAUAUGGGUACAUUGUUUAUUCAGAUAAGUAUGUGCUGUCCACAAAGGCUUAUAAGGGACGACACUGUUUUCUUUCAUGGAAUAUUUUGCUAAAAGAAAGUCUUAUAGAAAAUCCAUUUAGACUUAAAGUGUUGUCCCUGAUUAGCCUGUGCUUACUGAGCAUUCUAAUCUGGGACAAAACUUUAUGUUCAUGCAUAAAACAUGGUUUUGUCAGAGCUAUUCUCAAAUGAAUGUUAAUGUGUCUUAUGUGGUCCUAUUCCUGACAUGUCUCAUGAAUACAAAUGAAAUAAACUAUAUAUUAUAAUGUA